CCUCCGCCUCAUACCCCUCCCUGAGGUUAUAUGUUAGAUCAUGUACAAUUUCCUGUCUAAAGCAAUCCCCAAACUCUGGGUAGACAAUCAGCACAUCUUUGAGGCCCUUUAUGUUGAUGCACUGGAGGUCGCAGUAAGUGAGAGACUUCACCUCACAGCUGGACUUGAUGGUAGAGAGGUCAUCAACCUCCAGGUCAGUGCCAAAAAGAUCCCCUUUACCUGGAACAUAAUCAAAGGUCUUAUACAAAGCUAUUGGUUGCUUCAGGGGAGGAAAAUAGAAUAUAAAGCAAAAUCAACACUUUUUGCAAAACUAAUAGGUUUAGAACCCAUGGCCUUGUUUUCAAACCUUAUAUAAAACAUCUAAUCUACAUUAUCCUAUUCCUAUGGACAUGUUUUUUUAUAUUUGAAUGGUCCUGCAAUAUAAGGGUCACACUUGCUUUCAAGUAUGAUGAAAAUAAAAGAUAAUAUACUGCUGAAACAGAAAUAGUAUAAGCGCUAAUUAUUUAAAAGUUCAUUUUUAGUAAACACUCAUAGGAAAGCAGCAAUCAUAAUUUCAUCACAAUUUAUCUCAGAUUCAAGCUUGUAUAAGAAAUAUCUAUAGCAAAAGGAAAUCGCUAGUAUACUCAAAAGCACGAUUUGUGCCAUUGACAUAUUCAAAUGACUUAAAGAGUAUUGAAUAAAGAGCUUUAAAUACCAUAUAUUUUACCAUAUUAAAGAUAUGUGGUUGUGAGGUACAUCUUUAUCUAUUUAAACCCCUUGUGGCUUUUAAAUGUACAUUUUUGCAAUAUUUAUGAUAUGUGGCAUAUAUACAAUAUAUACCUGUCUGCUAAGUAGUUUCAUCCCUGAUUUUGUAGUUAUUUUUAAGAACUUA